GGGAGGAAGAAUACAUUGCCGUUCUUCAUCUCAUGGAAGACCAGCAUCCUCCCAAACUCGUCGUCCAUCUAUUGAAGAAGGUGGGCAGUCUAUUCCUGUGCACAGGAGAAUGGAUAUCGGAGCAACAACGUUGUGGACUUCUUUUAAGCCGUUCUCGAUCUAAUCCACAAUUAUUUAGUAAUGGAAUUGCACCAAAAUUUAUUUCUCUUUCAAAAAAAGCUGAACUUUUGGGAAAUUCUCAAUUACGACCAUCUCGUUUUGAUAAUUCUGGAAACAGGAAUUUGGAGAACAAAAAUAAAAUAAACAAAAAUGUUAAUGAAGAAGAAGAUUUUUAUACACGUUUAAGGCCUAGACCAAAAUUAAUUUUGGGCGGAAGAGGAGCUUUAGGACUGUUAAAUUGGCCCAGAGGUUUGUGUGCUGUCCCAAGGGAACUUUUUGAGGAAGAAGAUGAUUUUGGAACAAUUCUGGCUGUAGCAGAUAGCAGUAAUCAUCGAAUUCAACUUUUUAGUUCUACUGAUGGACUUUUGAUACGUUCAUUUGGAAGUUUUGGGAAGGAAGAUGGGCAAUUUGAUGGUUGUUGUUCUGUCUGUGUUCAUCACAAACGUAAAGAACUUUUUGUUGCAGAUCGCUAUAACCAUAGUUUUCUCCGAAAAUUUGGGGUUAGAGGUUCUGGACCUUUACAAUUUCAACAUUGUUGGGGUAUUGCAAUUGAUGAACAUUUAGGUGUUGUGUAUGUGGCAGAUAAGGAUAAUCAUCGUGUACAAAUGUUUAACGAAGACGGAACAUUCCUAUCACGUUUUGGGUCUGAGGGUGAUGGCCCUAAACAAUUAGAUCAUCCUUUAUAUUUAAUGUUUGAUCCAAAUCAACGCCUUCUUUACGUAUCAGAUUCUGCCAACAAUAGAUUAUGUAUUUAUUCUCCAGAUGGAUUACCUGUCUUUCAAUUUCAAGGGAGUGAAGAUGAUGCUGAACAGUUAAAAUUGCCAAGAGGGAUUGCUUUAGAUAAGAGUGGCCACCUUCUAGUUGCGGACAGUGGAAACAGUCGUGUACAAAUUUACUCUACAUAUUCUGGAGGGCAUAAAAUUAUUAAAAAGUUUGGAAGUUGGGGGCCUUCUCCAGGGCAAUUUAAAGGUGUUGAGGGUAUUUGUUGUUUACAGAAUGAUGAAAAUAAUGAGGAAAUUUUGUUGGCAAUUGCUGACAGGGAAAAUAAUCGAGUUCAAUUGUUUGGGUAAAUUUAAAAAUGUUGGCAAAAAAAAAUA